UUUACUGUUUUCAGUGAGUUGAUCUUUUUAAAAAGGCUUUGUAUUUCAAACUGGAGUGUUCAGUGCUCUGGAGCAGUCUGUGCUGAGGCUCCUGCAUAAUUUGGUCUGCUGUCUUGAUGAAUCUCUAGUGCCCUUCACAGUGCCCUCUGGCUGCUGCUGCUUGACAGGAGCAGCCAGCCUCUUAUCUUGUGAUGGUGGAAAACUGCAGUGGCCCAGACAGCUCUCCUGGUUGAUGGAGCUGUGGAUAGUCUAUUAGUAGUGCCUGAAGUUACUGUAUUCAGCAGGUUUCAGUUUCUUCAAUAGUAGCAGUUCAGGAUAAGUAGGUACUUAAGAAAGAAAGUACAUCUUCCAGAAAAAUGUUUUUAGAGUAACUAAGUGGAUUUUGAUCACGUCCCACUAGCUUAAAAUAUAUUCAAUUUCUUUUUAGGGUAGAACAUUAAAGGAGCAGAGUAUUGAAUGGAUAUAUUAUAUAGUUAAAAUUAGUUAGCCCAGUGGUCCCUCCAGGUCUGGGUGAAAUACUCUCUGCUUUCCUCUAGGUAACUAGUUUCCACUGUCGUUAAACUGGCAUCUUUCCAGAGAACUAAGUUCACUUCCUUUGAAAAGAAGUCACAGCCUCUGCUUUUAAUAUCUGUCAUAGCUCUCCUGUUUAUUGAAUAGCCAUUGGAAAUUAUAAUAAGUUUAAGCUAUCACCAAUCAAUGAUAUUGAAUAAAUAUAUUUUAUCAGGUAUAUAGGCUUAUGAAUAGUUGUAAUUAGUUUUCGAUCAUGGAAAAUAGAAACUAUACAGUAUCAAAACAACUCACGGUCUUUUUAAUUUCAUUAAUUUUUUUUUAAGUCAAUUUCUUGGAUUCUUUGUAAAGGGGAAAAUACUACAUGAACCUGUGAUAGUCUUAUUUUUAAUACAGUGUAUUGUCCUUUAAGAAGAAAGAAUUUACAUAACCAAUUGGCAUACAACAAGACUGAGAAUUGAAUACCUAUGUUCUCUAAUUUGAAGGUGUGGGGGCACAGUUGGUGCUAUUUUCACUUGUCCACUAGAAGUCAUUAAGACGAGAUUGCAGUCUUCAAGACUGGCUCUUCGGACAGUCUAUUAUCCUCAGGUUCAUCUGGGGACCAUUAAUGGAGCUGGAAUGGUGAGACCAACAUCCGUGACACCUGGACUCCUACAGGUUCUGAAGUCAAUCUUGGAGAAGGAGGGACCAAAGUCACUUUUUAGAGGCUUGGGUCCAAAUUUGGUUGGAGUUGCACCAUCAAGGGCUGUGUACUUUGCAUGUUACUCCAAAGCCAAAGAGCAAUUUAAUGGCAUUUUUGUGCCUGAUAGCAAUAUCGUGCAUGUAUUCUCAGCUGGCUCUGCAGCUUUUGUCACAAAUUCCUUAAUGAAUCCUAUAUGGAUGGUUAAAACCCGGAUGCAGCUAGAACGGAGAGUGAGAGGCUCCAAGCAGAUGAAUACACUGCAGUGCGCUCGCUAUGUUUACCAGACAGAAGGCAUUCGUGGUUUCUAUAGAGGAUUAACGGCCUCAUAUGCUGGAAUCUCAGAAACUAUCAUCUGUUUCGCUAUUUAUGAAAAUUUAAAGAAGUAUCUGAAAGAAGCUCCGUUAGCCUCUUCUACAAACGGGACUGAGAAAAAUUCCACAAAUUUUUUUGGACUUAUGGCAGCUGCUGCUAUUUCUAAGGGGUGUGCCUCCUGUAUUGCUUAUCCACACGAAGUCAUAAGGACACGGCUUCGUGAGGAGGGCACCAAGUACAAGUCUUUCAUCCAGACUGCACGCCUGGUAUUUCGGGAAGAAGGUUACCUUGCCUUCUAUAGAGGACUCUUUGCCCAGCUCAUCAGGCAGAUACCAAAUACUGCCAUUGUGCUGUCUACCUAUGAGUUAAUUGUGUACCUGUUAGAAGACCAUGCUCAGUAACAGGCCAGAAAAUUGUGCUCUAGAAGAAUAAAACUGAGAAAUUCUAGAGAAUUUUUUUUUCCAUUGAUGUUUAGAAUGUUUGAGACUGAAACAGGAAAGGCCAUAAAAGAACUGGCUCGUACCAUCUGUUGGACAUUCCUUUUGGAUUCAUACUUUCUGGAAGGUUCUAAUUCAUUAAGAGUUAAUUAUAACUUUUUUUUUUUAACUUAAGAGGAUUCAGGAUUAAGCAGCAACUAAAUUAAAUCAUGCUAUUUAAGUAUAAAUUUGGUUUUUGUCCUCUUUUAUGAUCACUGUAGUGUAAAAUAUAGCUAAGGACUUCAGUAUUUCAGGCGACAUGUAGAGAUGCAGAGAAAAACUCUAAAGUCUGACUUGUUUUCUAAUCUGACUUUAAGACCUCUCACCACUGGACAAGUAAGAAGUGUCACACCUUGGUGGUACUGUGUGGACCAGGACAGACUCCCAAGCUAUUUUUCUCCUUUGUACAUUUCAGAUUCCUCAUAUCCAUUAUAACCUAAGCUUUCAGGCUGCUGACAUUAACAAGUAAGUACAGUUCUCUGGCACUAUGUAUUUUAAACUAAACAUUUUCCUGAAGUUGUCCUCUUAUCCCCUGUUUGAACCAAAGGAGAAGUUUUAAAGAAUAGUUUAU